CAGUAAUGCAGAGCACUAUAUUAAGCUGCACUACUCAUGGCACCAAAACAAAAAAUCUGAACUAAACAAAACAAUAGUAGUCUAAAUUACCACUGUCGCAAACGAGUCGAUAUGCUCGACCAAGAGAUUUACAGCUUCCUUAUGCCGACCACAUUUGACAAAUAGUCGGAACAAGGCAGCAGGAUUCGAUUCUCCCCCAGUCAUCCCAAACGUCCUGUCCUGGCGGCGAUCCUGUCAAUCCAUUGCACCAUUACAAUAAUUGCUGGCUGGGACCGUUGUCAAUUUCGCUUCCCCCCAUUUAGUCGUCCAUCCUCCUUUUUCAUCCGGCGGUUAGGAGCACAAGAAGGGCUAUUUAGUAAGUUCUUAAUUCUAGUCAUUUUGAAUUAUCACUUAAAUGCAUGGAGAAAAUCUUGAAGCGUUAUUGGAGGGAGGUGAAGAGCCUGUUUCGGCUGGGCCUCUUUCCCUUCCAUUUUUAGCUUCUCCCUCGUCAAACCAGAUCCCUCAUCAAACCAGACAUCAGUAGCUCUGGAAAAUACCAGCGACGCGGCCGCCGCCAUACAAUGGACGACUACAUCAGCAACGACGAUGACAGAGAAUGGGGUGGAGCUGAACCUAGUUGUUUAUUCGGCUUUGACCUAAACGUCCCAUUGACAAGCAACAACGAGAAUAUAUAUGAGAUCCGAGCUGAGCAGUCGGACCCGACGGAGAAUGGCGAUGAUGGCGACGUUUUGGACGUGGAGGAGCUGGUCAACGAAGACCAUCCGGAACAGGACAAAAUCACGGACAACGUCCAAUAUGGCGUCAACAUGGAAAACAACGACCAUUUCGUACCGCAAUCAGGCGAUCACGCUGAUUCAGACGACAGCGUGGCGGAUAAUGGCGUGACGGCAACAAUGGCGGUAGGGUUAACCUGUGUCGUUACGAUUUCCGUUGCAUUUGUACCGUUUUAUUAGUUGUACAGAUAAUGUUUCUGCAAAAAUGUACUAGUAGUUAUGGUUCAAUUUAGUUAGUGGUAUUAUUACUGUAGUGGUAGGCACCUAGUGGAAAUCAUCUAGUGGUAGUCACGUACUGGUAGACAUGUAGUCGUCUAGUGUUACUCCCUUAGUGGUAGUCAUUUAUGCGUAGUAAUUUAGUGGUUCUUCCCUAGUGGUACCUGGAUAUGGGUCAUGUACGAGUAAUCAUCUAGUGAUAGUCAUGUACUGGUAGACACGUAGUCGUCUAGUGGUACUCCCAUAGUGUUAGUCAUUUAGUCGUAGUGAUUUAGUGGUACUUUCCUAGUGGUAUCAACCAUCGUCCGUAGUAAUUUGAUAAAAGUUCGAUUUGCUAAUGCAUCUUCUCUUUAUUUACAGGUUUGGUAUCAACCUUCAUCCCAUCAGAUAGUUCAACGUGGAAUCACCUGCGUUUUCCAGAACCAUGAUGAAUUUACAUGUUUUUACAAGAGUUAUGCUCAUGGAAGAGGCUUCUCGUCGAGAGUUACUACCAGACUUAAUAAUAGUAAAUAGUGGUAUUAAUUUGGUACCAGUUGUAUUAAUAGUACUAGUGCCACUGAUUUUGUUCUAGACUGAGUAAUGGUAACAAGAGCAUAAUUGUGAUACUAGAACCAUUGAUCUAGUACUAGUAACAUUAAUUUGGUACCAUUCUUAUGCUUGGUACCAGUACCACUAAUUUGGUUCCAGACUGAGCAAUGAUUACUAACAACAUGAUUUUGAUACCGAUACCAUUGUCUUGUUACCAGUAACAUUAAUUUCGUACAAGUACAACUAAAAUGGUACCAAUAAAGGGUUAUGUAGUUAAAAUAACUAGGGGGAAGGUACUAAAUUUUCACACUCAAACACCAACCCAAUUGUGCCAAUGUAUGCAACAGUAUUUUUGUCUUAGAUCAAAUUAAAGACAACAAAUACCAAAAACAAUUGUUCAUACUUGGAAACCUACACGGAGCAAUGAUUCUACUACUGUUGUAACACCUGUGUAUAUCCACGGUGAGUGCCUCGUGCAUAUUAGUAGCUUUAGCAAACAAACUUACUCGUAUGAGUACCAUUACUAGUAGUUACUGCCUACUGGUUCAUGUGCCACUGCUAGUGACUGCCUGACUGGUACAUGUACCAGUAACUAGUAAUGAUACAAGUACCACUACUAGUUAUUGGUACAAGUACCACUAAUAUUUACGAGUUUAUAUACCAGUAACUAGUAAAGAUACAAGUACCACUACUAGUUAAUGAUACAAGUAUCGCUACUAGUUACUUGUUCAUGUACCACUACUAGUUUCUUGCACAUGUGCCACCAUUAGUUACUUGUAUAUGUACCACUAAUAAUUACUGGUACAUAUACCAGUACUAGUAGUUGUACAAGCACGACUGCUAGUCACAUAAUACUUAUGGGGAAAACUAGUGUUGGAUGUAAUGAGAAAUGCCAAUGGAACACAAAACCAAAUGUACUACUGCAAGCUGCCACUACUUUGUCCAAUAUAAUUGGUUUACAUUAAAAAAGCAAUAGACAAUUAUCAUAUGCCUCAAGCUUGGUUCAUACUCCAAAACGUACAUAACCAAUUAUCAUACCUUUUAAGCUUUUUCAGUAUAGCCUUCCUCUCUUUCGAAAUGCUAGAUUCCAGAAUUUCAAUGUUUGAAUUCCGACUGCACUUCUCCCGAAUUGGCUUGAACUGCAUCUACUUUUUGCUUCUUCUUCUUCUUCUUCUUCUUCUUCUUAUAGGGACUCUCCGUUAUCACCUCAUGUGGCCGUCUUUAAUAGGGCCUAGACUAGAAUAUGAUGACUCUCCUUCACAGAUGAUAACCCGCCGAGAUUCAUAGAUAAUAGGUUUUUUUUGUUGCAAGUUGUUUUUUUGGUUGUCGCUGUGUAGUUCUCGCCAUUCCUGAUAAAAAAAACUGCAUUGUUAUACAAAUUUAAUUAAAACUUACUAUGCUACCACUAUAAACCAUUCAACAGUGC